AUGGCGGCUUACCGACGUGUCGGUUUGUUAUGUCUGUCAGCGUUGACACUUUUGCAAACUUUCUCUUGUGUCACUUCCAAGACUUUGAACAAGGAUCCGAUGAUAAAUGGCGGUUUUAAUAAUGCCAACAACGGCAUGAAUCAGAAAAGACCUUUUCAAGCCAGACCAGCUGUUGUGGACCACCAGCAGCAACAACAACCACAACAGCCUGCUCAGCCCCAACAACACCGUAUCGCGGGCACAGGGUCCUUAGUCCGGAUUGCAGAGUCUCCGGAAUGUAGAGGAGACGUCAAGAGAUUCUGUGGGUCAAGCAUUGCGCAGAAUAACUUCGGUCUGAUGGAUUGUCUCCAAAACGAAGUGAAGCCCAAUGAAGUCACAUUAGAAUGCCAGCAUUUUCUGUGGCAGUACAAAAAGAACUUGACCACAGACAUCAGGUUUGAGUCGGCCUCCUGGGAAGUGUGUAAACAUGACCUUGAAAUGCUUGAAGAAUGCCGCAAACUGAAAGCUGGAGAAGGGCAGAUAAUUCCGUGCUUAAUGGAAAAUCAGCACAAUAUUUCUGGGCAACAUUGCAGACAGUUUUUAGUGAAGAUGGAGAGUAUCGUGUUCAGUGAUUAUCGCUUGUUGAAACCAUUGCUGGACAGCUGUCACACUGAUAUUGUUGCUACAAAAUGUGGCCGGUUUGGAUCUUCCUUGCAAGCUGAGCAGGAAGCUCAAUUACACUCGCAUGGGGCUGUGAUAGGCUGUUUGGAAGACAACAUCAAGAAACUGAAUGGCAGCUGUCGCUUCCAGAUGAUGCGAAUCGCAGAGCUUCAGGCAGACGAUUAUCAUCUUGACCGGCCGCUAUUUUAUGCGUGUCGUGAUGAUAGAGAGCGAUUGUGUCCAGAGACACCUAGUGGUGGGGGACGAAUCUACCAGUGUCUGUUCAGACACAAGUUUGAGCGAGACAUGUCUGAGGAGUGUCGGCAGCGAUUAAUCAUACGACAGAGACUGAUUGGCGAAAACUACAAAGCAGACAAGACGUUAUCUGAUGCCUGUGACGAGGAUAUCAAGCAGUACAAGUGUUUAGGAGGAGGUCCUAACCUGAUGUUUGCCAAGCGUGCUGCCAUUUUAUUGUGUCUGGAAGGAGUCCAGAAAACAGGUGGACAUGUCGCUGGUAAGUGUGUAGCAGAGAUGACCGAGUGGCGAAAAAGUUUGAUGUCUGAUUACCAGAUCAGCCCAGAAAUUGUUGUGGAUUGUCAAAACGAGAUCGGAACCCUCUGUGAUGGCCUAGGGGCGGGAGGUAAAACUCUUCACUGCCUGAUGAGCAAGGCACGGCGAAAACCAGGCGAGAGACAUGACCAUGUACUCGGAGAGAUUUGUAUGAGAGCAAUCGAGGAUUUGUUAAAGGAGGCUGACGUUGGAGAGGAUUUUCGCAUCGACCAAUCCCUGGUAGAGGCUUGUAGUGAUUCUGUGAUCAAAUACUGUGGGGACAUACCAGCAGGGGAUGCUAGAGUAAUGGGUUGUUUGAUGGAGAAACUGGAGAAAGACAUUCUGGACAAUGAUGAUGAGUGUGCUGAACAUUUGCUGGAAAUACAGUAUUUUGUGGCCAGAGACUUCAAACUGGAUCACCGUGUGUACAAGCACUGUCACAAAGAUGCUGCACGACUGUGUGGAGCACAAGACAAAUGGGUUGUUCAGGGAUCUACGGAUUUGGACCCGGGCCCUCUUGUCCUACCUUGUCUGUACAGACAUAUCGUACACCACGAUAAGGUGGAGCGCAGCUGUCGUAACGAGGUGAAACGUGUGAUGAGGACGAGAGCCAUGAGCAUCAACUUGAUGCCAGAGAUAGAAGAACAGUGUAUACAGGAUCUAGGUCAAUUCUGUUCUGAGGGAACUGGCCAGGGAGAGGAGCUGCGCUGUCUACAGGACAGGUAUGAUGAAUUGACCGGGGACUGUCAGGAGGCCGUCAGUAACUUCACAGAGGCAGAAGACGCUGACAUUAACCUGGACGUUAUCCUGAUGAGGGCAUGUAUGCCCAUGAUUAAAAUCUUCUGUCAGGAUAUGUUGGAUGAGGAAGAUGAGGAGGACAUCAUGGAGUGUCUUAUUGAGAACAAAAACCAUGCUGAAAUGAAUGGCAAAUGUGCUGCUGGGAUAGAACACCAUCAACUUACAUCAUUGAAAGAUUUUCGAUUCAACCACAAGUUCAAGGAGAACUGUAAAACGUCAGUGCUGACUUACUGUAAAGAUAAAAAGACCAAAUAUAAUGUUGUGUCUUGCCUGAGCGAAAUCGUGCGAAAUGAUACAUUGUUUGAGGAAAAGCAUCGGAUAACAAAACCAUGUCGCAGACAGCUGAGGUUUGAACUUCUGCAGAGGUCUGAAAAUAUUGAACUUGAUCCUGACCUGAAGAAGGCUUGUCAGAGAGAUAAGGAAGAAUUCUGUGACCAUAUUGAGCCUGGUAGAGCCAAGGUGAUUGAGUGUCUAAAGAAGCACCAGAAGAAAUUAACAAAACCCUGCAAAAAAUUGUUGUUUGUGAGAGAGGAGGUGGAGGUAAAAGAAGGAGCAGAUUAUGCUCUGAUGAAUAACUGCAAAAAAAUGAUAAAGGUUUACUGCCCCCAUUCGGAGCCUCAUCAGAUUCUGGACUGUCUGAAGCAACAUCAGACAGAAGACGACUUUGACCAGAGAUGUCAUCGAACUGUCAUAGAGCGACAAAUCAUGCAAAACAAAGAUUAUCGACUCAACCCACAACUUCAGGAAGCCUGCACUCAAGAUGUACCAAAGUUUUGUCGAAGUGCUCUGGCCAAAACACCAAGUGAUUUGAUGGAAGGCAAAGUCAUAGCCUGUCUUAAAAAACAGUUUAAGAUUAAUAGAUUAUCGCAAAAGUGUGAGAUGUACAUAAGGGAGGUAAUCCAUGAUGCAGCUCUGGACUAUAGGCAAGAUCCUGUGCUGGCUAACGCCUGUAAAGAUACGAUAAAGGAGCAGUGUGCUGACGCCUUGGUACAGCAACCUGAUAACAAGGUAAACGAAGCUGUUCCUGAUGAGAAAGGUGCUGUGGAGGAGUGCCUGAAGAAACUUCUCAAACAGAAGAAGAUUAAGGAGGACACCUGUGCUAUGGAGGUGUCCCGAAUAAUCGCAGAGGGACAAAUAGAUGUACACAUAGAUCCACUGUUACACUCGGCUUGCGUCAGCGAUAUCCGACACCAUUGUUCUGACGUCAAACCAGGACAGGGGCAAGUUAUGUCGUGUCUGUUGUCGUUGUUGGAGGACAAUGUCAGAAUAACACCAGCCUGUAAAGAAAAAUUACAACAGAGGAAAGAAAUGUGGGAAUUAGCCGCAAAGGUUGCUCCACCAGAGAGUUUGAAGGAAGUCAUGGAAGGAAUGUCCACUUCGCCAUCCAGAAAUUAUUUCCUUGGUGUUUUGGUGACCAUAAUUGGGGUUAUUUUUAUUAUGGGCCUUUCAUGUGGCCGUGUAACAAAGAGAGUACGAUUGGACAAAAAUAAGUAGUGCAUUUACUGCAUUUGUGAAAAUGUGAAUUUUGUUGAGAUGUUGACAAGCUUUCUGUAAAAAAACAAAAAAAAAACAAAAAAGAAACGAAAAGAAGUCUUUCUGAGAAGAUGAUGCGUCACCUUGGGACAGCAACAACAACAACAGUAGCUUCAGCAAAAUUUGGUACCCAUGAUACAACAACAACAACACAUCUUGCUUAGUGAGAAAAUUGGUAAAUUUUGACAGCCUAUUCACUUAACUAAAAUGGGAUUUUUUUUUCAUAGGUUGCUGAUGCUGUGAAUAAUGUUGCUUUAAAUUGAAUUUAAAUUUAAAGUGAGGGGUUCAAACGUUUCACAUGUACAUGAAUGUCCAUUUUUUAGUCUGUGAUUGGAAGUGUUAAUGCAAGAGAUUUUAAGUCUGAGAGUACAAGUUAUCACAAUGAUCUGUUCAUCAAUUCGACCUUGGGAGACGUAAAUUUUUACACUUAAAGCAAGUUUGCUUUUAGUAAUUGUUGUAGUAAAAGUGCACCUAAAAACUAUGUUAUCUACGCAGUUUCACUGACAAGCUCAAACACACAGACGUGACAAAUGGUGACAAAAUAUGUAUAUUGUAUAUUUUAUUUGACUUCAGUUUUCCUUUGCUCGUUAGCUAAUGGUAUUUUCUUGUGAUAGAAAGAAAACUACACAAGACUUGGGGUGUUGGAAAGCAAGGGAGGGGAGGGGAUGAUAUGGGAUGGGGGUGACGGUCACACUGCACUGAAGGGUUUUUACACAUGUACACAGUUUGUUAACAUGGUUCCACAAAACUGAAUCUGGAGCCAGAGACAGCACUGAAGGGCUUUUAUACAUGUACACAGUUUGUUAACAUGGUCCUGCAAUGCUGAAUCUGGAGCCAGAGACAGCACUGAAGGGCUUUUAUACAUGUACACAGUUUGUUAACAUGGUUCCACAAAACUGAAUCUGGAGCCAGAGA